AUGACGGACCUGUUGGCGCAGCCGUCAAGAGUAGCCGCGGGGCCUUCAAGUACAAGUUUUGUUGGUCGUGACCAGUCCGAGGAAACGAGUACUAGAUCCAAUAAAAAAUCACAACAAAAACAGAAAGGGAACAAAGCAAAAAACGAUCAAGGCACAACUGCGCGGCUCGUGGCCAGGUCUCCGGCGAGGCUCACCCGAGUGCUAUUUGGAGGAACAAGUACCGAGUUAAACGAGAUGCAACCAGAUCUAACGAAUACUAAAAGUGCAGACGAUGCGAAUUUGAAAGGUGGUAGAGCCGGGCGGAUGCAAUUUACCGUGGAAGAGGAAGAAGAACAUAAUUCCUACGGUGUUGGAGGCGGGGAAGAAAGAACAAGCAAAUCGAAAUCAGCAGUGUCUGCCCCGAACACAGACUUGCGGAGGCGGCUGCGUGCUCUGCGAAAGCGGUAUCGGAAGCUGGAGCGCGCCUGCGAGUAUUACCGGAAGCGGCUGCGCAAACUGGAAGGAGGACAAGAAAUAUCGGACGCUGACGAGGACGAGUUUCCUGUUGCACAAAGGGUUUCAUUUGACAAACAUGGUGCGCGUUUUGAGCCUUGCGCCCAGGUGGAACAAGCCUCCCUGCAGAUGAAGGUCCAUUCUGAUGACGGGGGCGUUGGUGCGCAGCUGGAGGAUCCUCUUCCCGCGUCGGACGACUUCGAUGCAGGGCCGGCGGUCAAAACAAUGCGCACUACGGUCGUGAAGCACAUGUCCUCGACGAGGACAUUAGACUCCCCCAGGAUUUCGAAUCUGCGAGCUGGUCCUGGUCUUUCUUCAUUCCUGCAAUCUCCGGAACAAGGCGACAGGAAUUCUUUGAUACCUGGC